UGCAGCCUUCGCAUUGUUCUAUGUGGCAAUUUUGUUACUACUUUCGGCCAAGGAAUGAUCUAUGUAACAAAAUUUGCUGGAUACUUUUGUUCCGUUUUGUAGCUCGGUUAUAAAGUAACCGUCAUCUUUCGGCACUGGAGCACCGGCUGCUAGCCACCGCAAGCUACGCUAGGUAGGUUAGUAUCAGCAGUCAAUUUAAGGGGAUUUAAAUCGCGAUGCUAACGUUAAUUUGUGACAAACUCAUCCGUUAGAUCGAUGUAUAGGCAAAUUACGGUGUCCGCACGUAUACAUUGGUAACUGCAUUUUGUACAUUCUGACUUGGGUUGCGUUAUUGUAAAAUUGACAGAAAAUAAAUGCCAUAGCAUAGCUACUUAUUUUGACCAGAGACUACAUAUUGCAAGCAAGUUUACGUAAGCCAGCUGACACUGCUUGUCACUGUUGUGAAGGCGAGAAUACACUUCCCUUUUUGUGUUCUGUGUUCUCUUGUUUGCUGCCUUGUUUGACAAACAUCAGUUAACAAAUACUUGUACGUACAAGUUCCAGAUAUUGUUUAAGACUUUGGUUAUGAGUAGAAUGGCAAUAGCUACAAAAGUAAUCAAGUCAUAUAUCAAAUUGGUCUAUUUGCUUUGUUUGAAUAAACAUGAUCUAUUCAUGUUCAUUAAGCCUGGCAUCAUACUCUUCUUUGGGUUGCUAAAGUUUGACAGCCAGCCUAUUGUCGUCAGUUGACACUGGCAGUGCACUCCUUAGCUAGCUAGAUGAUGGCUCACUCAUGUCGUUGCAGUUCGCACUAAACUCCUGUAACCCCUUUCUGCUGUCCUUUCUUGCCUGAAGCACAUGGUUCAUUUGGAAAUGCUGAAUAGAGAACUCUUUCUCUCUUUUGGAAGAAAAAGUAUCAACACUGUUUAUCAUCUAAGUUUACUGACGCUCGCCUUGUAUUUACUGACGCUCGCCUUGUAUUUACUGACGCUCGCCUUGUAUUUACUGACGCUCGCCUUGUAUUUACAGACUCUUUCCUUCCUUCCUUCCUUCCAUUUACUGACUCUCGCCUUCUAUUUACUGCCUCCCAUAGACUCAGUGAGAGGAGAACUGUAAGAGAGGGAGAGAAGAGAUCGGUGUGAGAAGAGGAGAACCUCAGUAGGUCGAAGAGAAGAUUGGUGAGAGAAGAGUGUCCAGUAGUGUGGGCAGAGAUGGGAGAACCAGAGCCCCUUAAGUUUGUUUCACUGGAGGAGGAGGUGGACUACUGGAAGGAACAGGUGGCCAAGCACCAACAGAGGUACACACACACGCACACACACACACAAAAGAAGGAGCAGUCUGCCAGGCCCCAGCAGAGGUACCCACAGGUAUCUGCUUAAACCGUGGUGUCCUCUGUUACUCCACGACCACCAUCUUGACCCCUAACCUCUCCCAGGUCUGAGGAGGCGCAGGAGGAGCUGCAGGAGUUCCAACAGAUGAGUCGUGACUACGAGGUGGAACUGGAGAUGGAACUCAAGCAGUGUGAGACACGGAACCAAGAACUCCUCACACAGAACAACAGGCUACACAUGGAACUGGAGAACUACAAGGUAUGAACCGUUGACUUGACUAGUCUAGAGAAGCGUUUUUCCAACCUCUACUCGGUUGGAACCAGCCGUUCCAUCUAUUUGAACUAUUCCAGAACUAGCACACCUGGUUCAACUUAUCAUCAAGCCCUUAAUUAUAAUAAUAAUAAUGUAUUACAUUUGUAAAGCUCUUUUCAUUAUACAGAAUAAUAUUUUAAGUGCAUAAAAUCGAAAUGAAAUAGAAAUAAAAUGACACGACAACUGACACCAAGAACCCAGCUGACGCUACAAGGGACAAGGACACCAAAGAGCACAGAUAUUAACAGAAAGCCUUCGUAAAGACAAAGGUCUUUAGGCCUGUUUUUAAAGGAGCCCAGAGUCUGUGGUGCCUUCAGGUGGUCCGGGAGGGCAUUCCAGAGGCUGGGGGCGGUCGAGCUGACAGCCCGAUUUCCCCCAAGGGACUGAGCUUCGUCCUUGGGGCGUGGAAGAGCAGGCUAUCGCUUGACCUGAGGGUGCGGGUGGGGUUAUGGAGGGAGAGCAGUUCUUUGAGAUAAGGAGGGGUAUUGCCAUGAAUACACUGGGAAGUCAGCAGGAGGGUUUUGAAUUCAAUCUGGAAUGAGACGGGAUGCCAGUGCAGAGAUGCCAGGAUGGGGGUGAUGUGAUGGUGCUUCCUCACUCUCACCAGGACCCUGGCAGCGUUGUUCUGGAUGUACUGGAGCUUAUGGAGUCUCCUGCCAGGGAUCCUGAUGAAGAGUGUUGUAGUUCUGGAGACUCCUGCCAGGGAUCCUGAUGAAGAGUGUUGUAGUUCUGGAGUCUCCUGCCAGGGAUCCUGAUGAAGAGUGUUGUAGUUCUUAUGAAGACUCCUGCCAGGGAUCCUGAUGAAGAGUGUUGUAGUUCUUAUGAAGACUCCUGCCAGGGAUCCAGGUGAAGAGUGUGUUGCAGUAGUCCAGCCUUGAGGAGAUAAAGGCAUGGUCGAGCUUCUCUGCAUCAGACUGAGUGAGGGUAGGACUGAGUUUGGCGACGUUCUCGAGGUGAUAGAAUUACGCUUUACACUUUUGUUUGAUGUGGCAAAGGUCAGGGAGGAAUCGAGCUUUACACCCAGAUUGGAAACUGAGGGGGAGAGAGGGAUGUUCUGUCCCGCAUUGGUGAGGUGUGUUAUUGGUGCGUGCUGGACCUGGUGGGGGGUCCCAACAAGUAGGCCCUCGGUUUUGCUGCUGUUCAGUUGAAGGAAGUUUUGCUUCAUUCAUGCCCUUAUCUCCGUAAGGCAGGUGUUCAGACGGGCACAUGCAUCAGAGAUACUUUGGGCUGUUUUUAGCUACAGCUGGUUGUCAUCAGCAUAGCAGUGGAAGAAGAUUCCAUGCCGGAGGGGAGCAUGUACUGGACGAGCAGAAUCGGUCCAAGAACAGAUCCUUGUGGGACACCGCAGGUGACGUGGUGAGUCCGGGACCUGGACCCACCUAGCAACACAUACUCAGUCCUGUCUGAGAGGUAGGAGUGGAACCAGCUCAGAUUGGGUCCAGACAGUCCGAUGCUGUCCCGGAGGUGUUCCAGGAAGAUGGGGUGGUCGACAGUGUCAAAAGCUGUGCUCAAGUCCAGGAGGAUCCAGAGACGGGGAGUUUACAUCAGCCGCCAUCAGCAGGUUGUUGGUGACCCUGAGUAGGGCCGUUUCAGUGCUGUGGGCCGGCCGGAAACAUGACUGGAACUUCUCGAAUGGGUUGUUCUCAUUGAGAUGGUCCUGGAGCUGUACAGCAACCAAUUUUUCCAACACCUUGGAAAGGUAGGGGAGGUUGGAUAUUGGCCUGUAUUUGGCAAGCACUUCUGGGUCCAGGGUGGGCUUCUUCAGAAGGGGGGCUGAUGACAGCGGUCUUAAAUGCAGGUGAGACACUGCCAGAUUGUUAUCCACUCCCUCCAAUCUGGGUUAUCAGGGGGCUGAGUGCAGGGAUGCAUGUUUUGAACAGGGCUGUUGGAAUAGAAUCCAAGGUACAGGAGGAGGUAGCUUUCUCAAUACCUUCCUGGGUGACUUCAUGGAAGCAGUAGAAAGGCUGAGGUGGAGGGUCGAGGGCGGCAGAAGACAGAGUAGUAGAUCUUUAGAUGAGAGAUCUGAUGUGGCGCAGUGGUCUAAGGCACUGCAUCGCAGUGCUAACUGUGCCACUAGAGAUCCUGGUUCGAAUCCAGGCUCUGUCGCAGCCGGCCGCGACCGGGAGACUCAUGGGCGGCGCACAAUUGGCCCAGUGUUGUCCAGGGUAGGGGAGGGAAUGGCCGGCAGGGAUGUAGCUCAGUUGAUAGAGCAUGGCGUUUGCAACGCCAGGGUUGUGGGUUCGAUUCCCACGGGGGGCCAGUAUAAAAAAAAUAUGUAUUCACUAACUGUAAGUCGCUCUGGAUAAGAGCGUCUGCUAAAUGACUAAAAUGUAAAUGUAAUGUUGCUGACCUUACUGUUAAAAAAAAGUUAAUGAAGCUGUUACACUGCUGGUCCGUUGUCUCGAUCUGGGACUGGGGGUUUCAAAAGUUGGUUUAUUGUGGAAAACAGGUGUUUCCAGGAUUUGUAUUGAUGAGGUUGAAGUAGAAUGUCGACCGUGCCUCUUUCAGGGCCUUGGAAUAGGCCAUUUGGUGCUCUUGAAAGGCCAGUUUGUGGAUGGUGAGCCCCAAGUUUCUGAGAUCAGGAUGCGUCCAGUGGAUUUUGUGUUUUUCAGUUCUGGAGUAA